AUGGCCGAGGAGCGCCGAGGAUCCUGGUUCGGCUUCGGUUUCUGCGGCUUCGGGCAGGCGCUGGGCUCCGGGCGCGGGCGCCAGGUGCACAGCCCCGAGCCGCUGCAGACCCCGGGCGAGGGCGAGGGCGCGGACGUCUGCCGCGUGAGCGCGAGCUGGAGCUACACCGCCUUCGUGACCCGUGGAGGCCGGCUGGAGCUGUCGGGCUCCGCGGGCUGCGCGGCGGGCGGCUGCAGGGACGCGUGGGCCUCGGAGGCGCUCCUCGUGGUGCUGCGCGCCGGGCCGGGACGCGGGUCCGGGACGGAGCUGCAGGCCUGGGCGCCGGGUUCGGCGCUGAGCGGAGAGCCCCUGUGGGCCCACAGCGUGGGGCCGGAGGCCGAGGGGGAAGACGCACCGGGCGGUGAGCCCCAGGCCGGGGCCCUGCCCCUGUUGCCCUGCGGGCGGGCCUACGUGAGUCCGCGGCCGCCCUUCUACAGCCCUCUGGCCCCCGAGCUGCGGGCGCGCCGGCUGGAGCUGGGCGCCGAGCACGCGUUGCUGCUGGACGAGGCGGGCCAGGUGUUCUCCUGGGGCCAGGGCCGGCAUGGACAGCUGGGCCACGGGACUCUGGAGGCCGAGCUGGAGCCGAGGCCGCUGGAGGCGCUGCAGGGCGUACCCAUGGCUGAGGUGGCUGCAGGGGGCUGGCACUCCGUGUGUGUGAGUGAGACUGGCGAUAUUUAUAUCUGGGGCUGGAACGAAUCCGGACAGCUGGCCCUGCCCAGCAGGAGCCUGGCAGAAGUUGGCAAGACCGCUGCAGGGGAAGCCAGUGGACUGAAGGAAGACGGUUGUGACGUGAGGACAGCCGAGGGUGAGAGUGGAGGCCUGGCCCCCUUCAUAGCCAUCCAGCCCUUCCCCGCUUUACUGGAUCUCCCCCCGGGCACAGAUGCAGUCAAGGCCAGCUGUGGAUCCCGGCACACAGCGGUGGUGACCAGAACGGGGGAGCUCUACACCUGGGGCUGGGGUAAAUACGGACAGCUUGGCCACAAGGACACGAGCAGCUUGGAUCGGCCCCGCCGAGUGGAGUAUUUCGUAGACAAGCGGCUCCAGGUAAGGGCUGUGAGCUGUGGGCCCUGGAACACCUACGUGUAUGCUGUGGAGAAAGCGGAGGGCUGA